UCCGCUUUCAGCGCUGCAUAGGGUUAAUUUUUUCCCUCUCGCAUUCUUAAUAAAUCAGACAGUCAGUCAGCCUCAGUGUUGAAUGCGUCUCGGUCCUCAGACAGCUCUCAGAUCAGACUCUGACGUCCUUUGAGAUGGGCUCGAAGCGACGGAGAGCCACUUCUCCGUCCAGCAGUGUGAGCGGAGGAGAUUUUGAGGACAGUCAGACCCCGUCCAUACCUUCAACCAGCCGAAAGAGGAGAAGAAUCACAAACAUUCCCACUGUUGACCCUAUUGCUGUGUGUCAUGAGCUGUACAACACUAUCAGAGACUACAAGGAUGAUCAGGGUAGAAUGCUUUGUGAACUUUUCAUAAGAGCACCAAAAAGAAGGAAUCAGCCGGAUUAUUAUGAUGUGGUGUCUCAACCUAUUGACAUGAUGAAGAUCCAGCAAAAGCUGAAGAUGGAGGAGUAUGAUGAUGUUGAGCAGCUCACAGCAGACUUUCAGCUCCUUUUCAACAAUGCCAAGACGUAUUACAAACCGGAGACUCCGGAGUUCAAGGCGGCGUGUAAACUUUGGGAUCUGUACAUCCGUACCAAAAAUGAGUUUGUGCAGCGUGGGGACUAUGAUGAAGAUGAUGACGAUGGUGAAGAUGCACAAGAAAACCCUGCAGGGUCCACCGAGGAGGAGUCCGUCUCAAGCCUUAAGGAAGUUCUCACGCAGCUUCUGGAUGCUGUGCUGACAUACACAGAACAUGGACGUGUCAUCAGUGAACUGUUCCAGAGACUUCCCUCUAAAGUGCAAUAUCCAGAUUAUUAUGCUAUUAUUAAGGAACCAAUAGAUCUGAAGACCAUUGCACAGAGAAUACAGAUGGGAUACUACAAAAGCGUAAACCAUAUGGCAAAACACAUUGACCUGUUAGCCAAAAAUGCCAAAUGCUACAAUGAACCCGGAUCCCAAGUAUUUAAAGAUGCAAACACUAUCAAAAAGAUCUUUGCACAGAGGAAGAUGGAACUUGAACACGCUGAGCCGGUUAAAACCAGCAUCAGAAUCAGGAAUAGGAGGUUUGCACAGGGAGAUCGUCUCUCUUCUAUCACUACAGCUCUACAGUAUGGUUCAGAGAGUGAAGAAGACGCCAUACUAACUGGCUCGAUUCAUUAUGAUGAGGGCGAGUCUGAAGCCGAGAGCAUCCACUCCAGCAUGGACGUGAGCAAUCCCAUCUUCCAGCUGUAUGAGGCAGUACGGGGCAGCAGGAACAGUCAAGGGCAACUCUUAGCCGAACCCUUUUUUCAGCUGCCCUCCAGGAAAGACUACCCUAACUACUUUCAGCAAAUCACCCAUCCGAUCUCACUCCAACAGAUAAGGAGUAAGAUGAGGAAUAAUGAGUAUGAUAGUGUGGAACAGAUGGAAUCAGAUCUCAACCUGAUGUUUGAGAACGCGAAACGCUACAACGUCCCCAACUCUCAGCUCUACAAGCGUAUGCUAAAGCUGCAGCAAAUAUUCCAGAUGAAGAGAAGAGAACUGAUGAGGAGAUAUGAUGAAGAUGGGGACAGCAUGCUCUCAUCCACUCUUUCUGAUGGGGGCACAACCAAACGCAAAAGCUAUAAGAAGAACACAAAGAAGAACCGAAUGAAGGCUCUAUAUGCUUCCGUGGCAGAGGCUCGAGAGAUGGGAACAGGGCGAAGGCUCUGCGAUCUCUUCAUGGUCAAACCCUCAAAGAAAGACUACCCAGAUUACUACAAGAUCAUACUGGAGCCAAUGGACCUGAGGACCAUAGACCACAACAUCCGCUCUGACCGGUACCCCAGCGAGGACUCAAUGAUGGAGAACAUGAAGCUGAUGUUCCGUAACGCUAGGCACUAUAAUGAAGAGGGAUCACAGGUUUACAAUGAUGCCAACAUUCUGGAGAAGAUUUUGAGAGAAAAGCGAAGGGACCUCGGACCCCCGCCUGAUGAUGAUGACAUCAUUUCACCCAAGAUGAAAAUUAGAAAGAGCGGCAUCUCUCCUAAAAAGUCCAAGUACCUAACGCCUCUGCAGCAGAAACUCAACGAACUUUACGAAUCUGUCAAGAACUACACCGACAAGCGUGGCCGUCGUCUCAGCGCCAUCUUCCUCCGUCUCCCAUCCCGUGCCGAGCUUCCCGACUACUAUGUGGCCAUCAAGAAACCCAUAGACAUGGAGAAGAUCAAGGGUCACAUGCUAUCCAACAAAUAUCAGGAUGUUGACGCGCUCGUGGAAGAUUUAGUGUUGAUGUUCAACAACGCUUGUACUUACAACGAGCCUGAAUCUCUCAUCUAUAAAGACGCAUUGGUGCUUCACAAAGUUCUUUUGGAGACCAGGAGAGACCUGGAUUGCGCUGAAGACGCCCGUGUUCCGGAUGUAGCGAGACUUAUUCAGGAACUGGUACGCAAUCUUUUUGUGUCCGUGCUUGGUCACCAGGACGAUGAGGGGCGUUGCUAUAGCGACUCGCUGGCGGAGAUUCCUGCCGCCGAUCCCAAUAAUCCAGAGAAGCCGCCAUUGAACUUUGAGAUCAUCAGAGCAAACGUGGAUAAAGGACGUUAUAGGCGACUAGACGUGUUCCAGGAUCACAUGUUUGAAGUCUUGGAGAAAGCCAGACGUCUGCAUAGGACGGAUUCAGAGAUCUUUGAGGAUUCUGUGGAGCUCCAGCAGUUCUUCAUCCGGAUCAGAGAUGAGCUGUGCAAGAACGGAGAGAUUCUCCUGUCGCCCGCCCUCAGCUACACCACUAAACACCUGCACAGUGAUGUGGAGAAGGAGAAGAAAGAGAAGCUGCCCAAAGAGUAUGAAGAGGAUAAACUCAAGAGAGAGGAGGAAAAGAAAGAGGCUGAGAAGAGCGAGGAUUCAGCUGGUGGUGGAUGGCAGGGAGUCCUUCAGCGUAACUUCAGUCAGGACUGCAGCUUUAAAGAUAACAUGUACCAUGUGGGAGAUUAUGUGUAUGUGGAGCCCACAGAACCUAACCUGCAGCCACACAUCGUAUGCAUAGAGCGCCUCUGGCAGGAUGAUGCAGGAGAGAAGUGGCUUUAUGGCUGCUGGUUCUACAGACCCAAUGAAACAUUUCACCUGGCCACACGCAAAUUUCUGGAAAAGGAAGUUUUCAAAAGCGACUACUACAACAAAAUUCCUGUCAGUAAAAUUUUGGGGAAAUGUGUCGUAAUGUUUGUAAAGGAGUAUUUCAAACUUCAGCCAGACAACUUCAGACCCGAAGACAUUUUUGUUUGCGAGUCUCGCUACUCUGCAAAGACCAAGUCUUUCAAAAAGAUCAAGAUGUGGACGAUGCCCCUGAGCUCUGUCAAGUUUGUUCCCCGUGAAGUGCCAUUACCUGUGGUCCGUGUGGCCUCGAUGUUCGCCCCCAAACUGGACAGCGAGAAGCCUCCCGAGGUGCCGGAAGAUGGCAAAGCUGCACCUUCUGUUAUAGAUAAAGAGAGAGAGGAUGUUACCAUGGAGAUCAGUAAUGGAGAACCAGGUUGUCAGUAUUAUGAGCAGCUCUGCUACAAUGACACGUGUUUAAAAGUGGGAGAUUGCGUCUACAUCCGAUCUCAUGUGCUCGUGCGCAACCGUGUGGGCAGAAUUGAAAAGAUGUGGGUGCGAGAUGGAGCUGCCUAUUUUUUCGGGCCCAUCUUUAUUCACCCGGAGGAGACCGAGCAUGAACCCACCAAGAUGUUCUAUAAGAAAGAAGUUUUUCUCAGCAACCUGGAGGAAUCCUGCCCUAUGACUUGUAUAGGAGGGAAGUGCACAGUGUCUUCUUUUAAAGACUUUCUGUCAUGCCGGCCGACUGAGAUGCCGGAGGAGGACGUACUGCUGUGCGAGAGCCGCUACAUUGAGAGCGAUAAACAGAUGAAGAAGUUCAAAGGGCUGAAGCGUUUCUCUAUGUCUGCCAAAGUCGUUGAAGAUGAAAUCUUCUACUUCAGAAAGCUCAUAGUUCCUCAGAAGGAGCCUUCCCCACUGUUGGAUAAGAAGAUCGAGGAGCUGGAGGCCAAGUUUGCUGAUAUGACGGACGAAGAGCUGGAGGAGCUGGGUGAUGAUGAUGGAGACGGCUCUGAUGGUCACAUGCCUCAGCUUCAGACUUCUCUGAGUGGCGACAUGGACAUGCUGCAUUACGCCCCACCACAGUCCACGCCGAAGUCAAUAAAGGGGCUGUCAAAGAAGGAAGGGGCAAAGAGGAAGAUCAACAUGAGUGGCUACAUCCUCUUCAGCAGCGAGAUGAGGGCCGUCAUCAAGGCCCAGCACCCUGACUUCUCUUUCGGAGAGCUUAGUCGACUGGUGGGCACAGAGUGGAGAAGCCUGGAGGCCACGAAGAAAGCCGAAUAUGAAGAGCGGGCAGCUAAAGUAGCAGAGCAGCAGGAACGAGAACGGGCGCAUCAGCAGAACCCGAGAGCAGGUACCCCAGUAGGGGCACUCAUGGGGGUGGUGCCUCCCCCGACCCCUAUGGGGAUGCUUAGCAACAGCAUGACGCCUAUGGCAGGCAUGAUGGGUAGCUACAGGCCUGUUGGUAACAUGAUUAACAAGGUCGGCAUGCCUCCUCAUCCCAUGAUGGUGCCUGCCUUACCCCUCCACCCUCUGUGGGGUAGGCCUGGUAUGCCAUAUCUGGGUAUGAAUGGAAUGACUCCGGGAUCCACAGGAAACACUUACGGGAAUCAGAUGGGCGUGAUGAACUCAGGCCAGCAGGCUCCUCCUCCGUACCCGGGUCAGGUUGGGCAGCCAGCUUUCCAGCAACCCUCCACACCCAUAUUUGUAGCUCCUCCUCCCAAACCCCAGCGUCUCCUACAUUCAGAGGCAUAUCUGAAGUAUAUCGAAGGUCUGAGUGCCGACUCCACUACUGUGAGCAAAUGGGACCAAACACUUUCUGUUCGCAGGAAAGAUGUGCGUCUCUCAAAAGAGCAGGAGAGCCGUCUCCCCUCUCAUUGGCUGAAGAGUAAAGGAGCCCACAAGACUAUGGCCGACGCUCUGUGGCGACUGCGGGACCUGAUGCUUCGCGACACUAUAAACAUUCAACAGACAUACAACAUCUAGAACAUUUGAAGCAUUCCCUCUCAUUCUCACUGCUGAGAAAAAGAGUCAUUCUUACAAGUUUAAUGUUGUGAUGAAAUAGCGUUAUUUUAGAGUUUUGUAAUGCUACGUAUAGUCCGUUGGCUUUGUUAGUGUUCAUGCCCUUUCAUUAUUCUUGACAGCACUUUGAAUUGUCUGACUUUGUAUGUUGGCUAUUAAAUGUUCUUAGACGGAUUUAAACAUUUUCAUAAAAUGAUAAACUUUUAAAGUGUUGACCUUAAUGUUGGUGCAUUGUUAUAUGUGACAAGUAGAUUUGUUAUGAAAGAAUGUAGUUAUGGCCGAUUUUGGGUCUUGUCUUGGUUGUUGAGAUUGUAUCUGGAUAAAAACAAGUUUUUUUUCAUAUUGUUCAAGUUGUACUAGUUAAACGUCGUUUUGGAAUGGACACCGUCUGCCUAAUGUUUCAAUAAACUAACAUGGACAAUUGGUAACAUGUUUUUUGUAUGUCUGGCUAAAUAACCCUUUCACAACUCCUAGAUGGUUACCAUUUGUUAAUUGUGAUGUUCAGCAUUAUUAAUCCUAUUAAACAGCCUAUCUCAAAGGACAGGGGUUAUUAUAGGUUUACUUUAUUUAUGAAAGAAUUGUUCAAAUGCUUUGAACUUUCACGGAAGAAAGGUGUGAUAUUAUUGGUUUUCCUCUGUAUGUGUGGGUUGUUUUGAUACUGGGUAUGCAGGUGUGUAUAUAUAAAUAGUAUGUUUUUUGAA